AUGCAGACUGUUGUUGGGGACCUUGUAAACAUGUCGCAGCCCUCUGUGGGCAGGAGCAUCUGGGAGGUGACGCAAGCAAUAUGCGCGAGACUGUUCCGCAAGUACGUGCGCAUGCCGACAAGUGGAGAAGUCAAGUCCGUGAAGACAAGAUUUUUUAAUAUCGCUGUCUUUCCGGGUGUAACUGGCUGCAUCGACUGCACGCACGUACAAAUUAUCAGUCCCGGAGGAGACACUGCAGAAGUGUACAGGAACCGAAAAGGCGUGUUCUCAAUAAAUGUGCAGGCUGUGACAGGACCCGAGCUCCAGUUCUUUGAAGUUGUUGCAGGUUGGCCUGGGUCUGUUCAUGACAGCCGAAUUUUUGAAAACAGUCGUGUGAUGACAUCAUACGAGCAGAGAAGUGUGUCUGGGAUGCUUCUGGGAGACCAGGGAUACGCCUGUUUGCCGUACCUCAUGCCACCCCUGAAAAACCCCCAGACAGCUGCAGAAAAAAGGCAGGAUGCACAUUUAAUUUGA